AUGGAGCUUUUGCGUCUACCCGAGGCCAUGUCAAAUGCUCCUUAUUCACAACAGUUAGCCUGCCAAUUUGCUGGUGAGGCUGAAAAAAUAAACAAAUAUCUGAAAGCGUUUUCUUCGGCCUGCACGCGUGUCUGCAAUGCUCAGGAGGCCCUUGCAGAGGCAUACAUUCAACUUUCUGAAGUUGCCAGGACGAUAAGUAAUCAGGAUUCAAUGGUACAGGCGAAAAAUUCCGAUUUUGAGCAAACUGGCCUUCAGUUUUCCAGCUUUUUAGAGGAGCUAGCUGUUCUGCAUCAAAGAUUUUCCGACGAACUACGCUCUUCGAUGUUCACGCCUGCACACAAGCUUCCCAGUCAGCCGAACCUGCAGUUGACCGGAUCCAAUUCAGAGACUCUGAUUCGUUUUGUAAGCACUUCAGAGACCCAACAAAAUUACGACACCUGUGAACAUGAGAUGGAAAUUGCACUGAAAAACUACAUGAAGUUAUCUAGGCGUUGCACUCCAAAACAGCAUGAUGAUACAGUUCAGGAGUUGAGUAAGGUAAUUUAUCUCCACGUUUGCCCCUUUGCCUGUUUUUUUCUCGACAAACAUGGUCUGGGUCUUUGUUUGGGUUUGGCUGCUGUUGCAAUUCGGUCAGCUAAAUGA